GGUGUGUUUUUGCAGCCGCUCGCCUGCUGCUAAGUAGACAUAACAGGUCUCCAAACGUGAGCAGAAUGACGUAGUUUACUUCAAAUUAAGCCGGGGGGGGGUUUGUAUAAUUAAAACAGCUGGUGUUAAGUGAUGCUGGCUUUAAGUUAACGCGCGAGCGGCGGUCUUGCUUUAGCCGCUUGUAAACAAACCCAGGAGGGUUUCUCCGCCGCUGGCGUUUCAAACUCCAGCAAACUUUUGUUUUUUUCUGGUUGAAAACACUUUCUGGGGAAUGUCGUGGUUUAGUCAGGUCAGCCAAGGUCCAUACCAGCGGCAGGCCGCUGACGGCCAACAAUUCACGGCCCCGAACGUCCUCGGCAGUCCCUACAAUCCCACAGGUCUGCUAGCAGGAGCAGCGAGCCCUGCUAACCAGAGCGACAGCGGGGCUGGCCUGCCUUCUCCUGGCCGGUUUGAGCUGCCAUCUGCUCCUCGUGGUGCGGCCAGCCCUCCCAGCCUGGAGAACCUGUCCUGCGCGGGUCAAGACAGGCAACCAGAGCCCAUCUCCUAUGUGACCUUCCAGGAGCAGCGGUGCGUCCUGAGCUGGUUCCAAGGCUGGAAUGACUUCCAGAAGGAGAGGUUCUUGCAGGAUCUUGUUGGGAAAGCCGUGCCGGGGAAAGUGUGCACUCUCCUCGACUCCCUCAGCACCCUUCAGGUCAAGGACAAACUGCCCAACAUCUUUGAGUGCCAGCUCCGACUGUGGACCCAGUGGUUUGAGUCCUGGGGGGAAGAGGAAAGGAAUCACUUCCUGCACAUGCUGGAGGAGAAGGACCCCAUGUUCGUUGCCCACUUCUACAGGAGUGUAGCUGGCACCGCAGGAAGAGACUGACCAGAAGUCUGCAUUCCUUAGGUUUCCUACAGACUUCUUACAUAGAAGGUCCAUGCUUUUCUGGUCUCAGAUACUCCGGUUUCUCAGUCAGUUUUUGCCCCAUAUUUA